AAUUACACACCUGUAUCUCCAAUUUUGUCUUUUUAUUUCAUACAGCCUUGUUGCAAUUUUCGCAUUUGCUUAGUUUAUAAUGUGAGAUUCUCUGAUUUUUAUCUCUGUUUCUUUCAGGUGAGUGUGCGUGUGGGUGUGGAGUUGUGUCUGAAAGGCUCUUCCCCAUGUGACAUUUACUUUAAGGAUGAGUGAGAUAUAUUAGAAGGGGCCAAGGAGAAAUAGUAAAGUGUGUGUUUUUCCUCAUCACAAACAGGCAUUGACUGUUUAAAGGAGAAGAUGAUCAAGAAUGGUGAAGUUGUUUCUCCUUUUGAGAUGGAAGAUCAAGGGAACGGAUACACGGUAGAUGAAGCGCUUUCAAGUGUGGGGUUUGGGACUUUCCAGGUUCUUUCGCUCGUUUUUGCUGGAAUCGGUUGGUGUUCGGACGCCAUGGAGGUUACACUGCUCUCCUUCAUAGGACCGGCACUAGAAUCUGAAUGGUCCCUUUCUCCCACUGAAGAGAGUCUUCUAUCCACUGCUGUUUUUGGUGGGAUGCUUGUUGGAUCAUAUUUCUUGGGCUUCAUAGCAGAUGCCUAUGGAAGAAGGACGGGAAUUCGAGGUGUAGCCAUAAUAACUUUUGCAGCAGGACUUGUCAGUGCCUUUUCGCCAGAUUACAAGUCGCUAGUCAUCCUUCGGUUUUUUGUGGGAUUUGGUGCUGCAGGUGGGCAUGUGUAUGCAGCCUGGUUCUUGGAGUUCAUACCGAGCUCCAAUAGAGGUGCUUGGAUGCUUGUCGUGAUGUGUUCCUGGAUAUUUGGGGAACUUUUGGAGGCUUCUCUUGCAUGGAUUAUCAUGCCAAGAUGGGGUUGGAGGUGGCUACUUGCAUUAUCCUCCAUUCCAUCUUUUACAGUGCUUCUCCUGUCCACUUUCACUCCAGAGACUCCAAGAUACUUAUGCACGAAAGGUAGAACCGAUGAAGCGAUCAGAGUUUUGGAAAAAAUAGCUCUGGUCAACGGAAAAGAACUUCCCUCAGGAAGUCUUGUCUCUGAUCACCAAAAAGUGCAGCCAGAAGAAGUAAAUUUUCCGUCAGAAGAAACUUACCUCAUCUCCUCAAGCGCAAGCAAGACAAGUAGCUUUGGAAAAUGCUUCGGAUCUCUCUCUGAACUCCUCUCACCAGAUUUACUAGGAACCACUCUUCUUGCAUGGAUUAUGUUCUUCGCCUACACAUUUGCAUACUACGGGAUCCAACUGAUGGUUUCCGCAUUGAGCAGCGGCCGCAGUGAUUGCCACUCAUCAAGUAUCCUUCCCAACAAUGUCCAGAAUGAUAGCCUCUAUAUUAAUGUUUUCAUCACCUGUUUAGCAGAAAUUCCAGGGCUGCUUCUAGCCAUGGUUCUUGUGGAAAGGUUUGGCCGGAAGCUCUGUAUGGAAAUCCUGACGAUGCUAACAGUCAUUGUCAUCCUACCACUGCUUGCACAUCAAAAUGGAACUGUGACAACGGCUUUAUUGGUCAGCGGCCGCAUGUUCCUAUCUGCAGCAUUUAACACUUUGUGCGUCUACACAGAAGAGGUUUAUCCAACUUCUGUAAGAGCCAGUGGCUACGGACUUGCAACUGCUGUGGGGAGAAUCGGUGGUAUGAUAUGUCCUCUGGUGGCAGUAGGACUGGUGAGGGGUUGCCAUCAAACACUUGCAGUUAUAUUCUUUGGUAUUGUUAUACUUAUUUCUGGAAUCGCCGUCCUGUUUUUCCCAUUUGAGACAAAAGGGAGAGGGCUUACGGACGUCGUCAGCAACAAAGAAUGAAUCUAAUUCUUGAGGUUGUCUGAUUUUUCACCCCAUUAGAAGAAGAAAAACCAAAACGACCACGAGAAAACUGUCCGUAGACACAUGAGUAGUUUCAUCUGUAGGUAAUUGCCAGGGGUUAGAACUAGCAACAGGAACUACCUGCAUGAUGCUUGCCCUGCAAAUGUUUCAUUGACAUCCAUAGUUAAUGUAUCAUUUGUGUACCACCUUUCAUUCAUACAUAACAUUGUAAGUUGUAGUGACCUAUAAUUUCGGGCAUGUCCGAUCUAAUUACACUA